AUGGCCGGUCAAUUGUGGCAGCUUUAUCGUCCUGUCAAUGUUAUUGAUAAAAUAUUGUGUGACACGGCUGCACUUUCUCCUCAUUCACGCUUUCUUUUUAAUUCAAUUUUCCUUUCUUCUUUCACGUCAACACUCUUUCUCACGCUCUCUUACGUCAGCAUUUUGUUCUCUCUCCUCCAUUGCGCUUUUUCCCAUUUUCCUCCUGCACAUCUGUCUUUUUUUUUUUUUCUUUUUCUGAAUUUUCCAGUUUUGGCCAUUUUACUCUCUCACAUAAGCUUCUUUUCUUUGUUUCCUUCUGUCUCUCGUUCUAUCUCCUUUCUCUUUUUUUAUCAAUCACUGUCUUUUUUUCUUCAUCUUUUUCUAUUUCUUUUUGAUUUACUUCUUUUUCUUUCUUUACCUUUUUUUUUUUGCUCCUUUCUUUUUUUUCUUUCUUUCUUUCUUUUCUUUCUGUUCAUUUUUCCUUUUUCUCCUGGACAACUGUCUUUUUUUUUUUUUUCUGACUUUUCCCGUCAAAAUCAUUUUCUCUCUCACAAGUUUCUUUCUUAUUGUUCAUUUUUUUAUUUCUUUAUCUUUUUUUUUUUUUUAUAUUUUCUUCCUUUUUUGUUCAUUUUUUCUCUUUCUUUAUUUCCUUCUUUCUCUCGUUCUCUAUCCUUCCUUUUUCUUUCUUUAUCUCUGUCUUUCUUUCUCUGCAUCUUUUCUCUCUUUCUCUUGAUUUACUUCUUUUUCUUUCCUUUCUGUCUCUCUCGCUUUCUUUCUUUCUUUCUUUCUUUCUUUCUUUUUUUCUUUUCUUUCUUUCUUUCUUUUUUUUUUUCUUUCUUUCUUUCUUGA